GCUAAAAUAUUUCUUUUUAUAGUAGGUACAAUGUCUCUUCCAUACCCCAAUAGACUACAGUAUCGCUUGCAGCCCUCAGAAACUAAGAUUGCUGAGUGCAUGGUACCUAACCUUUUAAAGUUUGCUACCACAUCGGCAGGGGAAACCCCUCUUUGUAAUGAUUCUGAGAGUGACCUUAUGAUUUCUUAUCGAAAUCGUAUUAACCAUGCUUUAACUGUGAUUCGUGAUAGCGGUGUGCCGCUAGCCAUGCCUCCUAAGUUUCGCCAUGAAGCUGUACUAAAACGUGUGGAAGGAGCUGAAAGCUGUGAAAUAGAAUUAAAAGACAGCACCGAAAUGUGCCAAGGUGGGAAAUAUGUUCCGGCUCGAAUGCUAGAUAUCUUUCACGCUGCCUGUGAUGGGGACUGUAAAAUGAUUGAAUUAAACUUACAUGCUGGCAUUAAUAUCAAUGCUAUAGGGCAGCCCAAUCCAACGGCUUAUGAUGGGGUUCAGUUUGAGAAACGUUGGACUUAUUAUGCGACACCUUUAAUUUUUGCUGCUGCGUUCGGCCGUGAAAACGCAGUGUCAUAUUUAUUGAAGCAGGGUGCCGAUGUUCGAAUUUUGUCUUCUACGUGUCUCACAGCGAAGGAAAUUGCUGCCCAUCGCGGUUAUGAGGCAGUUGUAGGCAUGCUUGAAGGGGCUGAAUGAGGUACAUGAAGAUAGGAUGUUGGUGAUUUUAAAUGGUUAAAACAACCCAACCUAUAUUUACUUAGAUGUAAAGAAUAUAUGCGUUAAUGAUCAGCACAAUUUUCUAUUGGUAUUCUGUGAGUAAUAUCAUAAUUUGUGCAUCAUAAAUUUCAGGGCUAUUUCCACAAUCACUUACUGCUGGGUUUGAUGAUGCUACGCCUCAUUUGCUUCUGAUAUGAUUAUUUCUACUCUUGUUGUUGUUUUACUACCCCUGAGUAUGUAGAUAUUAAUAUAAAUAAGAUAACAAAUUCAGGUGCUAUAAUUUUAUAUCAUCAAUGUAUAAAAUUAACUUAUUCUUUAUUGUAUUUCUAGCCUUUUGUUUCGACACCCAAAAUAUAUACAUAUAUAUAUUAAA